AUGGCACGUGAAAAUAUGUUGAAUGUUGAACUGUUAGAUGCGUUAUCAUCAGUGAUAUUCUCAACGCAAGGUGCUGUUCGUGUUGCCGCACUUCGGCUAUUCUCUAUCAUUUGCAGAGCUAAUAAAAAUUUCAUGCGAGAACGUUUCGAAUUUUUCGUUGAAUUGACUCGUCGUGAAGCAUUCUUUGAAUCAGACAACGGUACGCUCGCAUCUGAAUUCAUGAAUGCAAUCUCAAUGUUGGGUGGAUUGCCGAAUGCAAGAGAUCUGACGACUCUCAGUGAAAGACCGUUCAGAAUACCCGAUUCACAUCGUAUUGUACGGUGCAUUCAAACGCUACUCAUCGAAAAAGAAGAUUUGGAGAAUUUAUUGGUGAUUGAAGACCAAUGGUUGGAUGAAUGGAAUGCUGAAGAGGAAAAUCAACGACACGGACAGGAUUCUGAUGGAAUGGAUACUGAUGAUAAACCGGAAGAAUUGAACGAACAGAGUCUUCAGAAAGCACAACGACUUGUAGAAGAUGCUCUCAAUACGGAUUCUGAAAAUCGAUUCACAGUUUGGGAGACCAUUGCUGAACGUGUUUGUGCAUUCAUAGGACAGGUAGCACUUAAAACAUUGAUUCAUGUGGAUAUAUCGUUUUUGGCCGAAAUGAAACGAAAGAAUGAACUGAUUCAUGCAAUGCGACGUGCGUGUACAGCGAAUGAUGAUCAGACGCUGAAGGGAAAACCUCGAGAUGCUGAAGAAUGGCCUGAUGCAAGAGAGGCAACCAAACUCGAGAAAGAAUCUAUGGAACGAAUCGGUUUCUUUGAGACCACUGAACAAGAUUCUGAGGAUCGUUUAGGGCUCACAGGUUUAUCUGAGGAUGAACGAAUAUCACAACGCGCACAUCGAAUGUGUGAAGUAAGUGUAUUCCGAAGAGGACGCUUGUUGAGUCGGUUAACACCAUUCCUUUUAUUUAUACUCAAAUCGAAGAAAGCAAUUGCUAGUGAAAGCCUCAAAUCAGUCGCCGCUCUUGCUCUAUCGAAAGUCAUGUUAUUAAGUAUGCACGUAUGCGCACGGAUGAUGCCAAUUUUCGUUCAUUAUCUAACGCAUUCGCCAAGUGCUGAAUGUCGUAGUAAUUUGAUGGUGGCUGCUGGCGAUCUUUGUUUCCGUUUUCCGAAUCUUAUCGAAAAACACAGUUAUUAUCUCUAUGAGAGAAUCCGUGACAAAGAUGCGUAUGUGCGUGAGACGUGCGUAAUUGUAUUAUCACACUUAAUUCUCAAUGACAUGGUCAAAGUUCGAGGUACGGUUGCGGAUUUAGCGCGGUGUAUGCUCGAUAGCAACGCGCAUGUCGCCAAUUUGGCUAAGUUCUUCUUUGCUGAACUCUCCAAAAAGGGGAAUAUGAUAUACAAUUUAAUGCCAGAUAUGAUUUCGAGACUUUCAUCAAAUCAAGAAGUUAGUGUCGAUGAUUUUGGACAAAUUAUGAAAUUAUUGCUGUCGUUUAUUAAGAAAGAUAAGCAAGCGGACAGUCUUCUUGAGAAACUAUGUCAACGAAUGCAAACUGCUAUUGAUCAGAAUGGCAAGAAGGAUGAACGAUUAGCAGAGUGUUUAUCCUAUUGUAUAUCUCGAUUGCCGUUGAGCGAAAAGUCACUGCGGAUUAUGUCCGAUCUUCUGCCGUCAUACGCUCACCUUCUUUCGAUUGACUCAGUCUUUACGAAUCUUUCAUCUGGUAUCACGCACUUCCGCAAGACGGCUGCUCUACGCAACUCAGAGCUUAAGGUUCGUUUUGGAAUCUUCGUCGUAAUUGUCAAUCAGAUGUAUUAUUUCGUAGGUGAGUUGCAUUAUCACUGUGGCACCGCGAAAAGGAAUAGUAGAGUAGAUAGAGUGCGAGUUUUUGUGAUACGUUAUUAG